AUACUGGGAUUUUUCUCAUUAUGCAGGAAAAACAAGUAAACUGGGACUGUCCUGGAAAACCUGGGGACAUAGGAUUGCUUAGCUGUUAAAUCCCCUAAGUCAAUUUUAGAGUGAUUUAUUUAUUUUUAACUAGAAACAUUUUUAGUUCUUCCAUUUCACAGAAAUGAUUCUGCCCUCAGGGCAACCCCAGACCACUGGAGCUGAGAAAGAGUGGGUCUUUCAGGAGCCUUAGCAGGGGUGUAAGACAGUGAGGGGGAUGUUCCUGGUGACUCAGAACCGGGGCCACCCUUCUGUAAUGCGCUAAAGGGGGAUCAGCCCUGAGCACAGGCUCUGUACGGAGGCGAGUCCCAGAUGGAUGUCCCCUUUCUUGGCUCCCCAGGAUGAGUUAAUUUUAUACCCUUUGUUCUGCUCAGACACAGUCCUUAUACACCUACUAUUGCCUGUAGUCAAAACACACUCUGUACUUUGUCUGAUUAGGGGUGUCUCUCUCUCUAUGACUGAGCUCCUUGAGUUCAUGGUGGGGGGUGUCUAACCUGCCUUAGCAUCCCCAUCCCCCCAGUACAGAGCCAGCUGCAUCACUGGCACCUUAUACACACCUCAUGAGUGAGUGAUAGCAGCAUAGACUCUUCCAUGAUCCUGCAGGUGGUUCUGAAAUUGUGUGGCUCUUUAUCUGUCUUGCUGGGCAUCUGAUUUUACAUGAUUUUCUUGUUGCAUGAGUUGGUAUGGAUAGUACACUAGUCAUGAUUUUAAUUGUCCAUGUCUUUCUCUCUCUACUCAGCAUCUUUGGGGCCUAUAGCAUGGAUGUGAUUACUAGCACAUCAUUUGGAGUGAACAUUGACUCCCUCAACAACCCACAUGAUCCCUUUGUGGAACAUACUAAGAAGCUCUUAAGAUUUGAUUUCCUUGAUCCACUCCUUGUCCUUUCAGCACUUUUUCCGUUCCUUCGUCCAGUCUUUGAAAUAUUAAAUCUCUCUGUGUUUCCAAAAAGUGCUGUGAAUUUUAUCACAAAAUCUAUAAAAAGGAUGAAAGAAAGUCGCCGCAAAGAUAAGGAAACGCACCGAGUGGAUCUUCUUCAGCUGAUGAUUAACUCUCAGAAUUCCAAAGAUGUGGAUACCUGCAAAGCUCUGUCUGACCCAGAAAUGGUGGCCCAAAGUAUUAUCUUUAUUUUUGGUGGCUACGAGCCCACUACUGAGGCUCUCUCCUUCCUUUUCUAUAAAUUGGCCACUCACCCUGAUGUCCAGCGGAAGCUGCAGAAGGAGAUUGAUGAAACUCUCCCCAACAAGGCACCUCCCACCUACGAUGCCCUGGCACAGAUGCAGUAUCUUGACGUGGUGCUGAAUGAAGCUCUCAGAUUGUUCCCAAUUACUGCUAGACUUGAGAGGGUCUGUAAGAGAGAUGUAAAAAUCCACAGGGUGUUCAUUCCCAAAGGGACAGUGAUGAUGGUGCCAGUCUUCACUAUUCACAGAGACCCGGAGCUCUGGCCAGAGCCUGAGGAGUUCUGCCCUGAAAGGUUCAGUAAGAAGAACAAGGACAGCAUAAAUCCUUACACAUACCUGCCUUUUGGCACUGGACCCCGCAACUGCCUUGGCAUGAGGUUUGCCAUCAUGAACAUGAAACUUGCUGUUGUCAGAGUCCUGCAGAACUUCUCCUUCAAACCUUGUAAAGAAACACAGAUCCCCCUGAAAUUAAGCCGCCAGCUGCAUCCCAGAACACCAGAGACCUUGAUUUACUUUGUGAUAAAACCCAGAAAUGAAGAUGGGCUUCACCUACUGCACUUGACAGAUGACCAGAGAUUCUGCGCAUUCAUUUAGCUUCUCAGUGACUGCAUGGAGUGUUAUAUAUUGUGUCAUAUAAAAGAGGUGAUUAAUAA